AUGGCCCUUCACAAUAAAUGGAUACGCAUAUACUCCGAUCACUGCGCUACGUAUACACCAUGCGCAGCAUUAAGGCUUUACACAGAGAAGAAUUUAACAGCGGUGCGAGGCGGAAAUAUGUCCCUACCCUGUCGUUUCUCCGUUCCUGCACAUGCAGCCUACUGGUACAAACACAACUUCACUGGAGCAUCAGAAGACGGAGCAUCGCUUGUAGCCCGAGACUAUCAGGGUAUUACAGAUCAUAUACCGGGCUUUGAGAGGUUCAGCAUCACCAGGGACUACAGUUUGAUCAUCAGAAACAUCAUUGUUCACGACGAGACGACCUACUCAUGCUUAGUUUUUAACAUGGAUCUUAAUGAGGAAAGAGGCUAUACGGACUUGAGAGUUAUAGCUUUAGCAGAGCCCCUUGAACCCAUCAUCGAGAUCAUCGAGCCCUGUACUUUCACAGCGCAAGGGGAAUGUAUCUACCAUGUUGACAGGUCUACCAUUGGCAAGGACACGUCGGAGGAUGUUAUACUCGUUUCUAAACUGUUUAAUGUUCGACCUCUACCAAAUCUGACUUGGAUUGGAAGCAAUGGAAGAUUACAUGAAAAUGCAACUUACCAGACGAAGGAGAAAGAUGGGCUGUUCAGCAUUUCAUCACAAAUUCAGGUAUCCAAGUCUCAUCUUAAUCACCACUAUACCUGUCAAGCUAAAGGGGAAGCCAUGAAUGGAACAUCAUCAGUGGUCAUUUCUUUUGAGGAUUCUGUUAAACAUGUUUCAGUUCAACGAAGUUCAACAUCAUCGCUUCAGUUAGGGUUCAUUGAAUGUUCAUGA